AUGUCCAGGCAGGACGCAGUUGCUGGCAACUCGUCUUUAGUGAACACUUGGGCACCGCCCUUGAGCACGCGAGGCAGAUACAUCGUCGAUGCGAAUGGCAAACGUUUCAAGUUGCGCGGUGGCAACUGGCACGGAGCUUCAGGCACUUAUCUUGGCCGCGGCGACUACAACGACCCAGCAAAUCAUCACGCGGGUGAGCUGGCGUAUCAGACCCCACUGUGUCUGGACCGCGUCGCGCUCGAAGAGAUCGUGGCUCAAUUCCUGGCACUGGGCAUCAACACUGUGCGCCUGCCAUGGUCCAAUGAGAUGCUGCACACGGCUACGAUUGUGCCAGACAGCGCGUUGAGAGCCAAUCCGCAGCUGAUGGGAAUGUAUCCCCUGCAAAUUUUCGACGCUUGCGUCACUGCGCUCACUCGAGCUGGCAUCGCCGUCAUCUUGAACAACCACACGGUGAAGAGCAUCUGGUGCUGCGGAUUGGACGUGAACUCUAGAUGGAAUGGGGCGCAAACGGAUCAGCAGUGGCAAGCAGACUGGGUGUUCCUCGUCCAGAGAUAUGCGAACAAUACGCGCGUAAUCGGUGCCGAGCUGUACAACGAGGUACGGCGUGAUAUCCUUCUUGAUCCGACAUGGGGUGGCGGCGGAGCAGCAGAUUGGUGGCGAGCCUCGCUUGACGCUGCCAACCGAAUACAUCGCGAAGCGAACGCGGACAUUUUGAUCGUCAUCGAUGGCAUCAACUACGUCGGCAUCCCUUCGCCUUACACGCCACAUUACCGGCCAGAGCUAGCACCGGUGCAGGACCUCAGUCACGCGCUUGCGAUUCCAGACAAGCUGGUGUACGCGGCGCACUUUUACGCUUACACUGGGCCGAACGCAACGGGCGGCAACGAGCCUUUUGACCUCAAUGAGCCCACCUACGCUGAAUUGAGCCCAGCGGAUUUGAAUGCCACUAUCAACCGGCUCGCGUCGUACGUUGCGUCGUCCAUCGACCAAGUUCAAAAGCACUACACUGCGCCAGUGUGGAUAUCGGAAUUUGGUAUUGGACGUCUGGGCACCUCGCAAACAGACAAAGGAUGGUGGGGUCGCUUUGUCUCACUGCUGAUCGACCGAGAUCUCGAGUUUGCAUACUGGCCACUCGUGGGCUGGCAAGCCGCGGGUGUCGGCGAUGGAUAUGCGUUGCUUGAAUGGAGCUCUUCCGGAGAGCUGCUCAGCAUUGACAGCCCCGGCGCCAACGACUUUCGCGCCUCGAGCUGGAAUCGUCUGCAACAAGCUUUGGGCCGAUUUGAAUCCGCUGCCGAUGCUACUCUGUCUUCAUCGGUCAACCUUACUGUGCCAUCGGUACCUCGGUGGCUGAUGCUCGGCACAGAUCGCGGCAGCGUGCAGCAGAGCAACGUCAUAUCCGGAGACAUUCGCUACUUUCCCGGCGACACGAAGGCUUCGUGCCCAGACGGCUUGCGGCUGAUCGGCCUGACUCACCAAUCAAAGCCUCGCGGCCUUUGCACAGAUGCCGUCUUCGGCAGAGAAUUGUGGCCAAGUGCAAAGCGCGAGUGGGAGGUGGUGACGGACGAGCGGCACGUAUCGCAUGACUGGGCAAAAGGGUACACCAAGCUGGAAUGCGCAUCUGGAGCCUUCAUCGUUGGAUACGCUUUCGACGAUGAAGGUCACAGUAGAAGCUCGUACUGCGCCAAAACGUCGGUCCAGAGCGAUCCUGCGCGUACAGCGACCGCUCAAGGUGCGCGCACGGUCUGGUUCGAUCGACACGAUGCCAUGGGUCGAAGCGGAGUGACACAGGAGCAAGCGCAGCACGGCAUCUUCGCCAGCGAUGGCGGGACAGCGGGCUCGUGCGCAGAUGAUGAGCUCCUGGCUGGUUACGCAUUUACCACUCGCGAGCAUGGCGGGUGGCCUGCUGCUCUCCUUUGCAGGAAUUUCAACUCCUCUGCCACACCCAUUGGCUCAGCGGAUGCUGCCUUUGCAUCCAGCAGACUGUACGUUGGCUUGGAUAUGUUCGGCGUGUUGAUUGGCGGAUCAAUUGCCCUCGUGCUGACAGCUUGGCAGUGCUUGCGAGACGCCGUGAUGCUUGUAUAA